AUGGCUAGCUCAGUUUUUAUCAAAGCCACAUGCAUGGCUCUAAUCAUAUGCAUGGCAUUGAGUGCACCCUUACUAACCAAUGCUACAUUAACAUGCUGUGAUGUGAAACCACUUAUGGAAGCAUGUGAUUGCUACGUGAGAAAUGGUGGAGACAGGGUUCCAGAGAAAUGCUGCUAUGCAGCUAUGACCCUCAACAACGAGGCCGUCCAAUCUAGGCAAGAUCGUCAAAUGGCUUGCCGGUGCAUCAAAGAAGCUGCUCAAAAAAUCCCUAACCUUAACGUUACAGCGCUUGCAAGUGUUCCUGAAAAGUGUGGAAUUCGCACCUCUUUAGAAGUCAACCAUACCGUGGACUGUGAGAGAUUCUCGUGUGACGACGGAGAGGUCACGAAUUCGAUUUUCACCGUCAUCACUCUUUAA